UGUGUACAAACAUAAUUUUUUACACGCGUCCAAAGCGCGAUAAAUGAACUGAACUUAAGGUCAACUAGUUAUCUCGCGAAUCUGCCGCAGAUAAACCAUUUCUUCCAUCUAGUUUUUACGAUAUAUAAGAUUGUGUCCGUGCAGGCUAGUUUAUUUGGUUCUAGGCUUUCGGCGGUACGUUUCCGCAUUUCUUUUUCAAUUUAUUGUUUGUUUGUUCGGGAUGGAAGCUAUCACUUUCACGGCGAAGACCAAAACGCUGGAGCUGAACACGGUGCCGGUGCCUAAAAUCACCGCCCCCGACCAAGUGCUCAUCAAAGUGGCUUACUCUGGAGUCUGCGGAACCGAUCUCCAUAUAAUCCAGGGAGAAUUUCCGUGUAAUCCGAAUAAAACAUUUACUUUAGGACAUGAAUUUUCCGGUAGGGUGGUAGAUGUCGGAUCUGAUGUGACAAUUGUCAAAACAGGAGACAAAGUGGCUGUCGAUCCAAACGAUGGGUGCCACCGCUGCAACUUCUGCCGCAACGGGAACCCCCACUACUGCCUGGUGGGAGGUAUCAACAACACCAUAGGCAUCUACAGAGACGGAGGAUGGGCUGAAUACGCCUUGGCACCUGUACGUCAAGUCCACAAGAUUCCUGAAGCCAUAACGCUUGAACAAGCCGCGUUGACGGAACCUCUGUCCUGUUUAUCCCAUGGUUGGGACAUCAUCAGCCCUGUCACUGUGGGAACGAAGAUCCUAGUCACAGGUGCCGGAAUCAUAGGGAACCUCUGGGUCUGUGCCCUCCACCUGCAAGGUCACAAGAACGUCACCGUGUCAGAGCCUAACACGACAAGGCUAAACAUGUUGAGGAAUCUGAAUACUGGUUACAACCUCAUAACUCCAGACCAGCUGAAGAAAAACCACCAAGACGACCCAGACUACCUAUUCGACCUCAUAAUUGACUGCAGUGGAUUUCCACCAGCCAUAGAAUACGCUGCAACCCUGCUACAGAGGGGUGGGAAGCUCUGCUGCUUCGGUAUUGCCCCACCGCAUGGAGAGAUAAAAAUCAGGCCGUUCGAAAUUUACAUGAAGGAGAUGAAAAUCUUCGGCGUGAACAUCAACCCGUUCUCUUUUCCCAAGUCCAUUGGCUUGCUAGAGGCCAUGGGUGAUAGAUACCUCAACUACAACAACUUGGGCAUCAAGACUUUUUCACUGAAUGAAUACAAAGAAGCGAUAGAAUUGCUGAAACAGGGAAAAAUUGCCAAAGUCAUAUUUAAGAUUUAAAAAAAAUUAAAAGAUAUUUUCAAUACUUUAGAUCAGAUCAUUAUGAUCCGUUUUUGUUGUCAUUAUUGUUUUAUAAACAUUUUUAUUCAUUUUAAAUAAAUGUACAAGAAAAUGUUUAUUUUCU